GAGGGUUUCUUUCUUUCUCUUUCUCUUUCUUUGUCUUGGAAAGCAAGCAAGGAUCAUGGCUGCAGCAGCAUCAACACCAGUGCAAGCUCUCCAAGAGGAGGUGACCUGCCCCAUCUGCCUGGACUAUUUGGCCAACCCAGUGAUGGUGGUGGGCUGUGGGCACAACUUCUGCCAGCCUUGCAUCACCAAGUACUGGAAGGGCUGCUUCCAAAAUGUCUCCUGCCCCCAGUGCAGGGCCACAUUCCCCAAGGCCAGGCUGGAGGAGAACAGGCAGCUGAAGAAGGUGGUGGAAGUGACCCAGAAGCUGGCCAAGAUCAGCCUCAAAGAGACCUCCAAGGGGAUGGAGGGCAGCCUCUGCCAGGCCCACCAGCAGCCCCUCAAACUCUUCUGCCACCAGGAGGGAGUCCCCAUCUGCCUGGGCUGUGACAAGGGGAAAGCCCACCAGGGCCACCAAGUGGUCCCCAUCCAGGAGGCUCACCAGGAGUUCAAGGAUAAAAUUCAGAACCAAUUGGCAUAUUGGAAGAAAACAAGACAUCGUGCUGAGGUGUGCAAGGAAGCGGCUAAAUCAUCAAUGAAGGAAAUGCAGAUAGGAGAUGUGAAAGAUGAAUUAUCGGCUGAGGUUGAGCAGUUCUGUCAGUUUUUGAAGCAGCAAGUGCAUUUCUUGCUGCCCCAUCUGGAUGCCUUUCAAACAUGCCUCACAAAGAAGGUGGAGGAAUCUACCAGCAAAUACACCAGAGAAAUAGACCACCUCAACAGUUUUAUCAGUGACAUUGAGAAGGCCUGUGAGCAGCCCUCAGCUGAGUUGCUGAAGGAAAAAUCCCGACUGGAAGGCAUGAUGAGUAAAGAGAAAAAGAGAUGGGAUCAGUUCAUGAACGAGGACAUGAAGGAGUAUGAAACCACCGAAAAUAUCUUUGAUGGCACAGUGAAAUAUGAAGAAAACACCUUUGGUGAACUGGAAGAAAGACAUUUAAAAUUCGUCGAGCAUAACAAGAGUGUGAAGGAAAUACUGCAGAGAUUUAGAGGUGAGAUGACAGCUGCCUUAAGAAGUGCUAGAAAUGAUGCUCUGAAGGACUAUGAAAAAGCAACUCUGUCCUUUGAUGGUGAGACAGCAUUUAAGUUGCUAGUCCUUUCUCAGGAUAAAAGCAGUGUUCAUCUGGAUGAGAAACGGAAGAAGAAGAAGCCUUUUCAUCAAAGGAGAUUUGAUCGUGUGCCCUGUGUGCUCGGAACAGCAGCCUUCAUUGAAGGGAGACAUUAUUGGGAAAUAGAUGUAGAAAAGGGAAAAGUAUGGGGUGUGGGGGUUGCCAGAGAAUCUGUGGAUAGAAAGGCCCAGGUAGACUGGGUAGAUUUUGCCCCUGAAAAUGGAAUCUGGGGAAUAGGCUACAAUGGAGGAUAUAUAGCAUUCACUAAUUCUGUAUAUAAUAAUCGACUGAAUUUGCCUGAACCCCUCAAGAAGAUUCAAGUGUAUUUGGAUUAUACAACUGGCGAAGUGUCAUUUGUUAAUCCAGAUAACAAUGCCUUAAUAUUCACCUUCCCCCCAGCCACAUUUGGUGGAGACACAAUGCACCCCUGGUUCUGGGUCUCCAGUGGACAGUUGAGUCUGCCUUGGUCAGAGGAUGAUUACCCAGAUGUAGAAUAUCUGGUGUCUACUGGGAUUAUUAAACCUUGGGAAAUAAAUGAAUACAUUUUCCCUGCUUUUUAAAAAUCCCUGAGUGCAUAACGGAACUUGGAAGGAUAGUACAAAAAGCCAAAUUCAUUCUGUUAUUCAUUAGAGAGCUCAAAAUAUUUGUGUUAGCAUUAGUAUGGUUUUUUUAAAGUUACAUUAAUCAUUAUGAUUGUCAUUGUAUACUUAUUGAACUCAUUGUAUGCAGAGGUUCUAACAAGAUGUGCUUCAUCAAAUGGCAUUUCCACAUAUCCAGUAGAUUUUUGUUGUCCUUACAAAGUGAAUAAGGUUAUAUUAAUUUUUUUAAAAAAGAAUAUUUACAUUUUUUUACAAUUAGAUAGUGAAUCGGGUUAUAUAGCUAUGAUCGGACGACCAGCAAAGUGAGAUAAAUUGUUAAAACUUCACAGCUCCCUUCAGUUUUCUGUAGUAAACAUCUCUUGUCUCCUGCAAUGAAAGCAAAAUACAUUACAUACAGGGAAGAAAUUCAGCUUUGGGGACUGGCAGUUUUUAAUGCCAAAGGUACCAGAAAGACAGAACGAAACGUUAUGAUAGAAACCAGUCUUCCUUCUGCAGUGUAUGGAACUAAAUUUUCUGUCUUGAACAAAACAAUCUUGUGGCAGAGGCUUCCAACACCAACGUCUUCCCAAGAAUAGUACAGGCAGGCCUUGGAAGUUAUCUUCUCUCUUUCUAACCCACAGGGGUCAGUGUUUUCCAGGCAUUCUCACUUCCAUCAUAUUAUUCUUGUGGUCUUCGUGCUUUCUCUCUGAAUUAUAUUUUUUCCAUCCUACAUAUCUUAACUCCUUUGUCAUCCAAACCUCCUGCUUAUAGACAUAGCAUGACAGAAUUCUUCCUCACACUGAAACUCCCCACCUAACAUAUACGCCUGGUACAUAUCUUUGGGAAUGUCUGGAGUGGCAGCGGCUUUUUUUUCCUCUGGAGGGAUGCUGCAGCUGCCAAACCACGUGGCUUCCCUCUGCAGGAAAAAGAGCCCAAGAAAAGCAGGUUAUGUACCAGUGGUGGCGACCUUGUACACAGAGCGUCACCAUUGUUAUGCUGCUGGUAUGUUCUAGGUUUAGGGACUAUGCGGUUGCCACAUGUUCCUAACCCUAGAACUGGUGCUGGUACGCCACUUUAUGGGGGUAUGUACGAGGCAGGAGCACAACAUAAGAGAUGGUGGCAAACUGAAUCAAGAGACAGCACUGGAAUCCUAUGGUAAAAAGAAAAACACCAAAUUUCUACAUCUUCAUCAGUAAUGAGCAGAAAUAACAUGUUUGGCAAAGCUCAUUAAUGGUAUGCCAUUGUAUUUAGGGGACCCAGCACUAGUUCAGUUAGAGCAGGGGUGGCCUUCUAGAUGUUUUUGGACUACAAUUCCCAGCCUUCCUCACCACGGUCAUGUUGGUGGGUGGUACCAUCCCACAACAUCUGUAGGGCUGCCUUUACCCAACCCCGACUUAGAAAGCAAAACUAAUGUCACCAGAUGAACAUUAGCAACCAUUUUAAUAAUAAUAAUAAAAUUUUUUAUUUGUAUACUGUUUUUCCCUAGAUCAAAACAGUUUACAGACUAUAAACUAUUAAAAACAUUUCAUAAAAAUAGAUAAAAACAAGUAAUACAAUUAUACAAAUACAAUCAUUGAUAGGGUAAGGCAGAGAAUCAAUGGCAUCAAGAGCGCUCAACUUCAUUCCUCGGGGGAGGGGCUUAGCAAAAAAGGGUUUUAAGCCUCUUUUUAAAUGUUUCUGGGGGGGUCAUGAGACGGAGCUCCUCGGGGAGACUAAUGAAUUAGCUGCAGUGCUUUUGAUUUAAUGUGUUACUUGCAAAUUCCAGUCUGUGAACUACUUUGGCUCAGUUGCCAAAAUGGAGUUGGUUAGUGGGGCUCUUAAUUUAUAAAUGCUCCUCUCAUUUGCUAGAUGUUCUGCUCCACUUAUGAGGGCCCGAGCAAGCCUUUCCGUACCGAAUCACUUGAUCAGAUAAUAUUGGACUGUAAAUCCUAGCAUGCCUCAGUAUUAGCUGUCAGGAGAAAGCAAAGCAGAAACUGAGCCAGAGAGUAGCCCCUUUCCCCAUGCCUUAUUGCAUGACAUCGCAGCACUUCAGUUCUCUUCUUGUGGGAGAUGGUUGUAAAAGCAUAUCUUUUACCUAGCUAGAAAAAAACAUUGAGCAAAAGGCAUGCUUUUAUGACCAUUUCUGCAGGAAGAGAACUGAAGUGCGGAGUAAGCAUGCAGAAGGGUGCUACUCUCCAGCUCCAUGUCUGCUUUUUUUGUCCUGCGAUAGGCCCUUUAUCAACUAGGGCUGAUCAGACCUAAGUCCUGCAACCUCUGGAAUGCCACACUUAGCAUAUCCAUUUUAACCCAUUGACUUUCAGCUUUCACUGGAUGGUUCUUACCUUCCCUGUUGUCAUUUGGUACAUACUUGUAUGCUUUCUAAAGGGAGUGGAUAUAGAAUGUCUCCACACAGUCACUUGUCUCCCAAAUCCCUUGUGCCAAGGACUUUAGCAUUGAAAGGGAGCAAACCAGGCAACAAGCAUCAGUGUCAGAAUUUAAAAAAACUUGUUCAACCAAAUACAUUUUAAUAAUCUUUGUUGGGACACUGUAAAAUAAAACAAAACUCUUGUGUUUUCUAUAUACUAUGGCAACUGAUUUUGUAACAAGGCAUUUUUUGUUUGUUUGUUUUGGCUCACAUUGUAGGCUUACUUCAAAUUUUGAAAAUUACGACCAAAAUGUGUCAGGCUGGAUAAAUUAAAUCCCGAUCUCUUUAUUUCCUUCUACUGUAGUAUUAACCCAUGUCAGUUUUUUUUUCUGCAGCAAUUUUGCCUCUGUUUCUUUUUUAAGACUUAGAAGUCUGCAUAGUAUUUUCAGUUUAAGUUACCUGUUGUUUGAAAUCUUUCUAAAUUCUUUUUUUAAAAAACAACUAUAUUUCUAAUAAAAAAUAUUUCUAAGAAAAGA